UUUGGCACCGUCAGGCGAGCGGUCGCCAUUACAGACGCAACGUAGUGUACCUGCUCCGCUUCUGGGGCGGAAAAUACCCUCUUUCGCUAUCCGCUUGGGGCCCCAAACAGGGCUCAAGAAGCCGGGCUGUGACCUGCCCUGGGGCCUGCUGCUCCCGGAUCCCUGCAGAUCCCCGGCGGGCCUGCUGCUCGGUGCUUUCCCUGUGCUGCUCCUCCGCGGCCCUGCUUUUACUUGUCUUUUUUUCCGCUUCUCUUUCGAAUUAAUUCUUGUUUUGUUUAUUAACACGGAAAAUGUCGCCAUGAGUCCUGAUCUCCAGUUCACGCCGCUCCUGAACGCCAUGCUAUUGGCUUCCAGCCGCCUCUUGUGCUGUGCUGCUCCCAUUCUCCCCCCGGCCUAUGCCGCUGAGCUCCCCCUGCUCUGCAGCAGACAUGGAGCAAGGAUCCACCAACAGCAACAAAGCCCAGAACCGCUCAGGCUCGACUGGACCUGCCGGGGAGUCUAAGCCUAAGGCCGAUGGGAAAAACGCCAGCAGCUCCAAGCAGCGCUAUAGCCGCAAACGUGAAAAUUCAUACCCAAAAAAUGAAACCUUUGCCGGUCACUCUCGCCGCGCCUGCCCACAGAAAAGCAAAACUUUUAACAAGGUUCCCCCUCAGAGAGGAGGCACCAAACAGUAUACAUAUGGAAGGAGGGAAGAGGUAGCAGAGACUCAGAGGGCAGAGUUCAGCCCUGCCCAGUACUCUGGACCUAAAAAGAUCAACUUGAACCAUCUGCUAAACUUUACUUUUGAGCCGCGAGGCCUGGGCCAGCCUGGGGCACAUCGUGAUGGGCAUGGAAACUGGGGAAGGAGGAAUAAAUGGGGACACAAACCAUUCAACAAGGAACUUUUUCUGCAAGCCAACUGCCAGUUUGUGGUUUCUGAAGACCAUGAUUACAGCGUCCACUUCACUGAUCCUGACACUUUGGUCAGCUGGGACCUUGUGGAGCAAGUGCGUAUCUGUAGCCAUGAGGUACCCUCGUGUCCGAUCUGCCUGUACCCUCCCAUUGCAGCAAAGAUCACUCGAUGUGGACAUAUCUUCUGUUGGGCUUGCAUCUUGCACUACUUAUCAUUAAGUGAGAACGAAUGGAGCAGAUGUCCAAUUUGCUACAGCUCCAUCCUUAAAAAGGACCUUAAAAGUGUUGUUGCUACCGAAACCCAUCUUUAUGCUGUCGGUGAUACAAUUACAAUGCAGUUGAUGAGGAGAGAGAAAGGAGUGUUAGUGGCUAUGCCUAAAUCCAAGUGGAUGAAGCUCGACGAGCCUGUUCGCCUUGGAGAUGAGGAGCAUUCUGAGUUCUCCAAGCUUCUGUUGGCCUCCCAGGAGCAGAUACUAAAAGAAGUUAUUGCCAAGGAGAAGGAGGCACUUCUGGAGCAGUACCAAAUGGAGCAGGAUACGCCAGAGGCAUGUUUUAUUGAGGCAGCCAUUCAGGAGUUAAAGGACAGGGAGGAACAAUUCUGUGCUCCCGGCCAGUCAGUUGCAGCAGCUGUGGCUUCAAUGAAAGAUUUAAACUUGGAUCCAUUACCUGAGACAAGGAUCCCAGGCUUUUCCCCCAAGGUUGUGCAGUAUAGUUCUGCUUUUGAUGAGGAAACAGUUGAUGAAGAAAUAUGUAAAGAUCCAGAACCUUUGGAUGUCCUGGCACAAGACGCACAAGCUGCGGGUGGAAAUGUUGAAACUGCCUUUGAACCUGCGACAGAUGCACCUUGUGCUUCAUACAGUCAGCAAACCGCUAAUGCUGCAAAUCCCCAUUACUACUACUUCUACCAAGCUGAAGAUGGACAGCACAUGUUUCUUCACCCUGUAAAUGUUCGCUGCUUGGUACAUCAAUAUGGUAGCCUUGAACAAUGUCCAGAAAAAAUUACAGCUUCCAUAGUGGAGAUUGAUGGCUUUAGCAUGACGGAGGAGGUACGCAGACGCCACAGAUAUCUGUGUCAUCUGCCUCUGACGUGCGAGUUUAGCAUCUGUGAGAUGGCACUGGCACCCCCAACUGUUUCUGUCGAAACCUUGACAUUUUUCGCUGAUGAAGUGGACAAACGAAAACGCAUGCGUCAGAGGAAAGCACGAGAUGAAAGGCGUAGGGAGAAAAGAAUAGAGAUUGAGGAGAACAAGAAGCAAGGGAAAUACCCUGAGGUGCGCAUCGCGUUGGAGAAUCUUCAGCAGUUUCCUGCGGUCAGCUCAGCAGAGUUCACAGCACCAGGACAAAUGUCAUUGUAUGAAACCCAAGGCUCCUUUUCCCCCUCCCCUUUGAGCAGCAGUCCAGCUUCUCAGUCUGGCUCCGUUUACAGCAGGGGUGCAGAAUCACCUUUUGACACUUUGCAAGUUCUGGAAGAUGAUUGUAAAUGCCCUUCUUUUGCUCAGAUGCUGAUAGUUGGUAAAGCAAAGACUGAGUCUUGGCCCAAGGCCCAAGCCCACACAAAGAAAGAAAAUACACUUGCAACCCCAGCUCCACAUGACAGUGAUGGGGAAAGUGACAGCUCUGAGAGGGUCCCAGUACCCAGCUUCCAGAAUUCCUUCAGUCAGGCCAUGGAGGCUGCCUUUCUCAAGUUGGAUGCAGCGCUGCCAACCCCUCCACCAUCAGCUGAAAAAGGAGGAAAGAGAAAGAAAAAGCAACAGAAGCUCCUGUUCAGCACCUCAAUUGUUCAUACUAAGUGAGCAAUGCACCCUUUCCCUGUUUCUUCUCCCCAAGUUCAAUUGUCUCUAAUACUUUGCUUUGGAUCACCAUCUGCAGUAUUUAUGAUUUUUUCUUUUUUCUUUGCUGUGGAGUGUGUGGAAAUAUCUCCAUGACAUAGCCAAUCUUGAAGCCUGUUUUCUAGGGGCAGAACAGGAUACUAUAAUAUAUAGGGUUUAGUGCAAAUGAUAGGAUUUAAUGGUGCACAUGCCCUCAAACGAGCUACAUUAUGGUAACCAGGUCCUCCUCGGGGACCCAGCACAUUCACCUUGUGGGUCCUGUAAACUAAGACUAUAGGAAGCUUUCUAAGCUCUGCUUGUGGCUUUUCAUGAGGGUUUUUUUUUUACUUUGUAAAAUUAUAGUUAAACAAUAAAGUUGAAAAGAAUA